AUGGCAGCUGGAUACAAGCUUUUUAAAAACUGUGUGCCUCCUUUUAAAGAAAUGGAGGCGGGAGCUGGUGUACUUGGUGACGGCCUUUGUGCCCUCACUGACAGCGUGCUUGGCAAGCUCACCAGGCAGCAAGAGACGGACAGCAGUCUGGACCUCUCGGCUGGUGAUGGUGGAACGCUUGUUGUAGUGGGCAAGGCGGGAAGCUUCACCGGCAAUACGUUCAAAGAUGUCAUUGACAAAGCUGUUCAUGAUGCUCAUGGCUUUGCUGGAAAUNGAUUUCAUUUUAUAUGUUUAAAGAUCAGAGCCAAGGAGGCAGCUAAACUGGAAGCAGUUUUAACUCGAAAACCAGAGCAGGAACAACGACUGAAAAUGCUGGAGCGUCUCCCUGAGAUAGUCCGUAUACUCCGGUCGUAUUAUGUGACAGAGAAGAAGCCAGCUUUGUCCAUGGAGGCUGCCACUCAGAAACUCAUAGAUAGUUACAGAUCUGGUAUUGGAGCAGCUGAUGUGGAAACCCACCUAAAGUUGCUGACAGAGGUACUGCCCGGCUGGUUGACUGUGAUCACUGUGAAGAAGGGGAAGUUUAUCAAGAUAGACAAAAACCAGGAUGUCAACUCCCUUGUAGACAAACUACAGAACAUUAUUAAGGAAAAGAGCUGAAAAUGAAGCUUCAGUAGAAAGAAAUGACCAUAGCAUACCUUCAUGGAUGAAAUUUUCUGAAAAUACAGAGCUAUGCAACUUUUGCCUCAAAGUGGAAUGAACUGCAACAGGAGAAAAGAGGAGAAAUUCUUCAGGAGAACACUAAACUGAGACAUAUAAGUUGAAGAAGUAAGAAAUUGAUAUGGAGGAUAACUUGAUUUCAAAUUCCUUUGAUCUGAUUAGUGAAGUUUUUGUUUGGUUCCAUGUAGCUGUCACUUAGUUUGUGAUUUACAGAUUGUUUUUAAAAGGCAGAUGUGCAUGCAGGACGGUUUAAGCCUGUUGAUAAAUAUACUAAAUAUUUAGAGGGAAAAUAGAGAUUAGACUAGUUUGCAUGCACUUGCAGAUAUUUGACUAAUGUGAAAAACAUAAUAAUAGUGAUGAUUUUAGUUAUGUUAUAAAAUUUAAAAAAAUGUAGUUGAUAGUUUAAGUAUUAAAACUUAUGAUGCCUAGUAUUGUCAAAGGUUAAAUAAGCUUCAACUGUGAUGUAAGAACAGUUCAAUUUUUGUUUCAUGUUUGGUCGUGCUUUUAAAUUUGGUGCCUUAUUCAAAAUUGGUCCAACUUGAGAUUUUAUAUUUGAUUAUUGCAUUUAUCCAUAAUCAAAGAACAUACUUGAAUGUUUACUUGAACUCCUAGAGGAAAACCUUCGGACUCAUUUAAAACUAGUUUUACCCUGUGAAUUAGCAUUACAUUUUUUGCAUGGACUUGUUUUUAACAAAGAUACAAAGAACUUUCAAAAUUUUUACAGAAUUCUUGUUCUCUCCCUUUUAAGUAAUAAAUUAUUUUCCACCA